CACGUGCUCAUUUUCACACACACAACGAGAGCGAAAAACAGAGUAGCAAGGAGGCGGCCAUGGUGACCCUCGACGGCGCGUCAACGCUGGCGCAUCCAUGGGAACCAUGGAGCUUGCUCUACCAGCUCGGUGCAGCACUGGUGGCUCUGUGGUGGGCAUGGCUGGCUCUCGACCGGGCCUGGCUCCGGCCGCGGAGGCUGGAGCGAGCGCUGCGGGCCCAGGGCCUCCGCGGCACGCCGUACCGCUCCCCGGCCGGCGACGUGCCGCUCAACGCGCGGCUCAACCGCGAGGCGAGGGCACGGACCAUGCCGCUCGGUUGCCACGACGUCGUGCCCCGCGCGAUGCCGAUGUUCCACCAGGCCAUCAAGGAGAACGGCAAAAUGUCAAUCACCUGGUUUGGAUCAGUGCCUAGGGUGACCAUCACCAAGCCUGAGCUGGUGCGAGAGGUGCUGUCCAACAAGUUCGGCCACUUUGAGAAGCUCUCGUUUGGACGUUUGCAGAGGUUGCUGCACAAUGGUGUGAGUGGCCACGAGGGCAAGAAAUGGGCCAAGCACAGGAGGAUCAUUAACCCUGCCUUCCAUCUAGAGAAGCUCAAGCGAAUGAUGCCAGCUUUCGCUGCGUGUUGCACGGAGCUGGUGGACAAGUGGGAAGGUUUAGCCAGAGGUGAUGAGCCAUAUGAACUUGAUGUGUGGCCUGAGAUGCAGAGCCUGACAGGGGACGUCAUCUCACGCGCCGCAUUCGGCAGCAACUACCUCGAAGGCAAGAUGAUUUUCCAGCUUCAGGGAGAGCUGAUUCUGCACGUCGGCGUCGCCAUGAAUAGGAUAUACAUUCCUGGUUACAUGUAUCUGCCGACCAAAUCCAACAGAAGGAUGAAGCAGAUCGCUGCGGAGAUCGAGGGGAUGCUGAAACGCAUCAUCGCAAAGAGAGAGCGCGCAUUGAAGGCCGGGGAAGCAAGCAGCGACGAUCUCCUCGGUAUCCUGCUGCAGUCGAACGUGGAGCACAGCAAGGGCAAUGGCAAUGGCAAUGGCAGCAGCUCGACCACCAGUCUCACCAUCGACGAUGUGGUCGGGGAGUGCAAGCUGUUCUACUUCGCCGGCAUGGAGACAACCUCGGUGCUCCUCACGUGGACGAUUGUCGUGCUCUCCAUGCACCCGGAGUGGCAGGACCGCGCCCGGGAGGAGGUCCUGCAAGUCUUCGGCUCACGCGCCCCGGAUUACGACGGCUUAAAUCGCCUAAGAAUCGUGACAAUGGUGCUGUACGAGGUGCUGCGGCUGUACACGCCAUUGACGGCCCUGCAGCGCAAGACGUACAAGCCGAUGGAGCUGGGCGGGGUGAGGUUCCCGGCGGGCGUGGUGCUGGUGCUGCCGCUGCUGUGCAUCCACCACGACAGGGACGUGUGGGGGCCCGACGCCGACGAGUUCAGGCCGGAGAGGUUCGCGGAGGGGAUCGCCAAGGCGUCCAGGGGCGGCAGGGAGGCGCUGGCGUUCUUCCCGUUCGGCGGGGGCCCGAGGACCUGCAUCGGCCAGAACUUCGCGCUGCUCGAGGCCAAGAUGGGCCUCUCCGUCAUCCUGCAGCGCUUCUCCUUCGACCUCUCGCCGUCCUACACGCACGCGCCGUUCCCCGUCGGCCUGCUUCAGCCGGAGCACGGCGCGCAGGUCAGGCUCACCAGGCUUCGUCACUGAUAAACACUCUAUUUCAGAAAAGGGUAAACACGAAACACCUCCCAGACAGCCAAUGUGGUGCAGGGACAUGAUAUGCUCAGAACUAGUCAAACUACCUGCAAAGUGUGAAGCAUAUGAAUAAGCGAAGUGUUUUUGGUUUGCUCGGAUGUUUACAAAAUUGGUGUAGCAAGUGCUUUUACGGGCCACUGGUAUUAUGCUUGUGCUAAUGCUAUGGUGCUAUAAUAUACCUAUAAUAUAUUAUAAAACAAUAAUGUUUAAAGUGUAAUUUUCAAAUAUACAUACAUCAGAUAAUGGAAAGUUAUCUGAUGUAAUUCAGC